CCCACCCCCCUUUCAUAGAGCGCCCAUCUUUCAUCAGAAGCACUCGAUUCCGCCAAACUAGACCCACAGCAGCGAUAACUUGGACACAUCCGCUGACAUUGUGUGCUUGUGUGCUUGUGUGUGUUCUGCAAGGCUGAAUCGGAUUUGCAUUUCACUGAGGGAAUUUUUCUUUUGGGAGGUGGUGGUGGGCACAAAAAAGGGAUUUUUAUUAAUUUGCGCCUGUUAAUUUCCCCCUAAUCGGCCCCCUCCCUGGCUUUAUUAGCAUAAAAUGGAUGCCGUCGACAGGAUGCGGAGGCGCCCUUGGAUUAGCCGCUGAUGUGAUUGACAGCUGAGGGUGGCACAAAGUUUUGGAUAAUCCAGACAGGGGCAGAAAAGGGUGCAGGAUGCAGUCUGGCGUGAAGACGCUCUCAGCAGGUGGAGGUGCUUCCCUCUGUUGCCUUCUGCUCCUCUGGCUCAUCUACUCCCAUCUGCUCCGAGAGGGCCAGUUGGCGGUGGGAACCUGCGAGAUAGUGAUGCUCAACAGGGACAGCAGCGUUCCCAGACGGACCGUCGCCAGGCAGACGGCCCGCUGCGCCUGCCGGAGAGGUCAGAUCGCCGGCACCACACGGGCGAGGCCAGCGUGUGUUGAUGCGCGAAUCGUGCGGAGUCGUCAGUGGUGUGAGAUGACUCCCUGUGUGGAGGGCGAGGUCUGCAGCCUCCUUUUCAACCGCUCGGGAUGGACCUGCACCAGGAGCAGCGGACGCAUCAAGACCGUCACGCCUUUGCCCAAGGAGCCAUCGUAGGAUGCAGCGGUGGGGGAAAAAGACAACAUGGAAGUUCCCAGAUCCAUGCCGUGAGGUGAGCUGUGGCCAAUCACUACAGAAGAUUACGUCUGUCCAACAAAAAAGUUUCACAAACCCGACACCACGCCUUCAGCGUCUCUACUUUUGGCUUUUUCUUUUCUGGUAGUUUUAGCAUCAGCAUCGACUCUGAACUGCAGCCAGAUUUAUACACAUCCAAAUUGAAGUCGACCCCUGUGUAGCGAAGGUAUUGUAUCGGCGGGAAAUAUUCUUCAACAAGUAUUGGCCGUACAGUCUGAAGGACGCAGUCGACGAGAUUUUAUGAAAGGAAAGUCAGCCCCUUCAUCCUCUCCCUUUGCCGCCGUGAGGCCAUUCGAGCUGAUUUUACGAACACCCUUACGACGCCGACUCACCGCAAAGUUCAGCCGGGCCGCCGAUGAGUCCGCGGGACUCACUAGGAUGUCGCCGACAGGUUCUCGGUGUGAAAGAAGAACGACACUGUGAGCGUGGACAUCUAUUGGACUCUCCCUGAGGUGGACACGUCACAUGUGAAAAUGACUGACUCGUAUCUGACCUACAGAGUCAACAAAGUUCGCCAACGUGGUCUAAUUUUGAAUGACUCGGCAUCCAACGUGUGCUUUUGUUGUUUUGAACAUACACCGGAAGAGUAGGUUUUGUCGAUGAAGCUCACUUUGUCAGAAGCAUUUAUGUUAGCAGACCCCUGGCUCAGUGCGAGCGUGUAUACGCGUGCGUGUGUGCGUGUGCGCGCACAUCCAGGGAUGCACUGUGAAACAAAGCAUAUCAAAUUGAAUUUUUCAUACUCUUGUGCAUUUCUAGGCCCCACCCCCUGACUGGAACGGUAUGCGCAAACCGAAGGACUAGGAGUUGGGUCCCGCUGGAAAGAGAAUGGAGGGGGGAAAAAAAUCUACGAUAACAGAAUAAAAUUCUACUACAUCUUAAAAAAAGGGCCUAAUAUUGCUAGAAAAAAAGAAGUUGUUGUUUUCGAGAAGGAAGUCACAAUAAGGUAAAAAAAAAAAAAAAAAACAACGAUAGCGUUCCCCAACUAUUCAAGUGAGUUUUCCAGCAAAUAAAGCAGGAUAGGUUCCCCCACUCAAAAAAAAACAUUGAAACAAAUCAGGAGGAAAAGUUUGACAAGCCACAAAACAUUUUUGGCACCUCAUCACCUGCUGCAGUAUAAACACUUUUAACGCGUGAAUGGUUCAAAAAUGACCCACUUAACUCACCCGUGGAUUUGUUCGACAAACAUUCAAUUUAUAUCGGACACAUCUUCCUGUUCAUUGGCCUUUGGUGAGAAUUUUGACAUUCACUUGUUAAAAUGACCACUUUAUUUCCAUGAACAAAUCAUUUUCUCCCAAAAAGGAUGACAUAUUUUUUUUCCAGGGGGGCGGGGCGGUUGCCACUUUUGUUCUUGUAACUUUCGACUUGUUCUUGUAAUUUCCCUUUUUUUCUUUUCAAAUGCUCCUUCAUAGAAUGCACGCCUGCCGCUAAAUUGUGUUAUUGUGUGGACAUUUCAAAGAGUUUGCCCGUUUCCGUUCUUUCAUUCUGGUCUUUGACUUUAUGCGUCGAAAAAUGUGUGCGGGACGGAGGCGGGAAUAGAAUUGAACGAAGUGACUCAAAAUUCUGCCGGCCAGAACAUUUCCGAUGCCGUCUAUUUGGGAAUACUGUUAUAAAAUCAACUCUUAUUUUGAUAUGAAAUGUUUUGUUCAGCUGACUUCAGAUGCUUGAUAUGUUUGACAUGAUAUGCUGUACAUAUAACAAUACAAUUCAUGUAUUUUAUCUUCAAAGUAAGAUGAUUGAAAAUGUGCAUUAGGCCCCUUUCACUGAGUUGUCUUCACUUCCGCUGACUGUUGCUAGCGCUACAACAACAAUUUCAUAAUUACGCGCCGUGUCAUUCUAAAUAAAGCCAGUAAAAUACUCUUUCGUCCAGAAAUAGCGAUUCCAAAUUAAAAGCAGCGGUAGUAAGUUAUUUGCCAUGGUUUUUACAUGUGGCGCAUCGUCAGGUUUAUAUGAUGAAAAUAUCCCGAAACGGCGAAGCAUGCGACCGUAUUGCAUUCUUGAUCCAGAUCGCGGUCAGUGAGCACCUUUUGAUUUGUUACAACAACAACAAAAGCACGAUAGAGUUCAACUUGCUUUCGUCGGAUGUUCACAUACUUUGUGCAAUGUUAACAAAACUUCGAGAGCAAUCGAAAGAAAAAAGGUCGUCAAGGUCCGUAUUGUCCGAAUUGCGUCGAAGUCCUUUUUUACGCACUUUCAUCGAUCCGUAUUCUCCCGUCCAGACUUCUGACGCACCCGCCGCGUGUAAACUGGGAAUGAGCGCGGGAAUAGCAGAGAGACUGCGCGCAGCUGCGAGACUUGUACAUUCCAAUGAAAUCUGCGAAGAAGAUAAAGGCCACUGUUACAUUUGAAAUGACCUUUCGCGAUAGCGGGUGUGCAAGCCGCUCCUGCUGCACUCGGACUUUGAAGGAGCGCAAUGAGAGUAGGAAAGAAAUCCAACAAAAUUGAAUCCGAAUUCUGUGCUUACGACUCCAUUCGUGUUUCGAAGGCCGUCAACUAAAACAAUGCCGUGUUGCCAACCUUGCUCGAGCUCAUCGGUCCUCAGCCUGCUUUUUGCGCCACAGACCAGUUGUACCUGCAUCCAAACUUCGAGUUCAAUCGAAUUGGGAACCUUUCUUGGGCAACUGACAGGCGACAGCUUUGUCACUCGUAAGAGGAAAAGUACUUCAGUUGUCCGGAAAUGCGCUCAAGGCCACAUUUGACAGGGAACGCCCACAUUUUAGGGUCGCUCCACCCAGAGUGAGUAUGUGGCCUGAAGGUGGAGAAUCUGCGCACAGCUGCAAGUGCUCGGACGGCAGACAGCCACAGUGUUGAUGUUCGAACUUGGCGUAUUAAUACUCGACCGAGAGCGAUAACAAUGCGAUCUAUCGCCCUUGUUUUGGCCAUUGUUUUUCUCAUGGCUUCGUCAUCGAGCCUCCGUCAGUAUUUUUCCCACUUACUGUACGUUCGCUUUCUUUGGGCCGAUCGACUCACGUUUGUUCAAAAGAAAUGAAUUCAUAACACUUCAGCUGAGGAACUUCUGUGCCACUUCGUCUUUAUUUCCAAAUACUCUGAAAACAAUAUGAGUCCCAUUUUACUUUUGUUGAUUCUAUUUAGUUAUUCCAUUAGCGUAUACAGCGAGUAGAAGUGAAGAUAAGAGAGAGAGAGAGAGAGAGAGAGAGCGGACACGAUAACACGAACACCAAUGAGCUCUCUUAAAAUCAACAAAACACACAAGCUGAAAUCUACAAAAUAAAUGAGCAGUCUAUAAAAAAACUUUUCUUUUUUUUGGAAUCUAGGACAAAAGCAUUGUAUUGCAUCAUGUUGUGUUGUGCUGCUCCCUGUUAAUGUGGCUAGCCCCUUGUUUUUUCUUUCUUUUUCUUUUUUUGCUGGUGUUAAAAUCCUGUACAUCUCUGUUGUAAAGUAUGCAUUUGAGGAUAUAAAGAGAUGAUCUGCU